CUCGAUAACAAGUCGCAAAGAUGUCGGAAAAGAGGAAACGAGAUGGCGACGAUGGCGGCGAGAAGAAGCGUCCAAAGAAGGGCUUCCAGGUCGGGCCUGCAAACUUGCCGGAUGGCGUCCACCGUCGAAAAGUGCAAAAAAUCAAGGCCGACCUGAUCGAGAAGGCGAAGAUACGAAAGGAGUACGGAAAGCUGAAGAAGCAGGGGAAAGUGCCUGAGCAGGAAGAGAGCAUUCCUAUCCCAGCCUCCAUGGCAGCAGAAAUCGAGCAACAACAAGAAGAGCCAAGUGUAGCACCGCAUCCUGACCGACAAGUCUUGAUGGACCAGGAGGAAGAACCCGAGCAGGAGCGAACGCAGCGACGGGAAUGGAAGCGCAGGCCGAAACAUGCGCCUUUCAGCAAAGAGUACGAAGAGGCACAGCAGAGAAAGGCAGAGGCCGAAGAAAGGCGGAAAGCCCGCGAGGAGGCACAGCGGCAGAGAGAACAGAAGAUUGCCGAGCGCGAGAAGUUCAGGAAAGCAAUGGCGAAGGCUAGGACGGGAGGCAAGAAUGGCCAGAGGAAGCUAGGUCGCGAGAGUCAGCCGCUGUUGGAGAAGGUCAAGAGGUUGAUGGGUGAGACGUGACGUGAGGCUUGGACGUGCACGAUUUUUAUACAACUGUUCUGCGGAAUUAUAUUGCGAUGACUGGCCAUGGAUCUGGAGAUGAUCGAUCAACCUUGCAGGCAUGGCAGAAGGGCAGGCUAGAUCCUGCAGUCCUCCUCGCCAUCUCCUACGGAGUCCGUUGAUGGUCCAGAAAAGAUUUUUUUGCGUGGCAGACGUUGGACUCCUUUUGCCGGUCUUCUGAAGCUCUGGACUGAUAUGUCCAGAUUGCUCGCGGACUCUUGCUCACUGGUCCCUUUGGACCAGUAUUCGGGACUUCCGUGUACGACUUUUCAGAAAGCCAGAGCACUGAGUCUACGUUACAAGGAAGCAGCUCGAAGCGCUAGAAGUCUUGGAUGACAUGAACACGACACGAACUGCUGCAACCACACAUGUAAAAGUCCGUCUACUCUUU